UGCUACAUUUUGCAUAUUUGUAGCCGCAUCUGUUUACAUAUUGCAUCACUUUCUUGCUUACAUUGUCGGGACCAGAUCAGUGAAAGAUGGAUCCUGAGAAAGCUGAGCGGCUUAGCCGGCUCCAGAUGGAAGAUUUGGGAACUGCCAGGAGGGAACACAUCUCUACCACAGAUAACAGGAAAGUUAAGAAGGCCCGUUUAGAAGAUAUCGAAGCCACUCGACUAUCGAAUCAGCCCGGGACAGAGGCUCAGCGUUUAGCUGAGCAGAAUCGACAACAGCUCACCGAAUGGAAAAACGUGUUCAAAAAGCUAGGUGACACCCUUGACCUAGAAAAUCUCGAUGAUCUCCUAAAUGGCCAAAGUCACCGUCUUCAACUGAGAGCUGCUUUGCACGGAUCUGGCAAUUAUGACAGUGGUAGAUCUUCAAAGACGACGGAUGACUACCCUAAAAUAUCAGAAGCUUUACACUCGGCGUCUACUAGGGGUUUUAGAACACGAGGCCGAGGUGGCGGCAUAGCUGGCACGAGAGGCCGUGGCGAUGUAAGAGUAGUAUCUGGCAGAACCCCGUCCGGUACUUCCGAUCGUGCUCCUGCCUCUAAGCCAGGGCACCACGUACCUCAAACUUCCGGCGUCCGCAAGACUUCACUAGACCCGGCUCUAGAAAUAAAUAGCAGUGGUUCUUCCGGGAAAGGUCGUGAGAAACAGGCCCAGAAUAAGCCAUUGUAUCAGUCUGGGAAGAAGAGAGGGUAUGACGAAAGGAGUCAAAUGUCUACUGUUGUCAAAACUAGACGGCCAAUUGCUCCUUCAGCGGUGUCAUCUCGUGAAAGUCGAAUGGCACAAUCCAGUACCACACGAAAGGCCGCACUGCCAAACACUAAAGCUGUGGCCAGUCAUGGUGAGCCGGCAUCAGUGACUACCCCUACAAAAACACCCCAAGAGGAUCAAAUGCCACAGCUGAGCACGACCCAAGUCACUGCUAAGCCAGUCAUCAGUGAUGCGAUUAAUCAAAAUGCAGAAUCUACCCUCGUUAGCUCCGAAGCUACAAGCAAGGAUCAGUCAGCUUCAGAAACCGAUCCCAAUAGAACUUCCUCGGAAGUUCUUCUUGACUUGAGCAGUACACCACCCACAAAGGUCUCACUUGCGAGCGAUGAUAAUCUGGUAAUGAGCCCUUCACUCCAAGAGCUGAAGGGCCUAGAAUUUAUGCAGAGCUUACCAAGCACCCCGGAAAGCAUAUCGUCCCAUGUGUCCCAGAUGCCCGAAUGUGAGGAUCCCUCAAAGAGUACAAUUUCCGUCGAAAGAAGCCCGGCUAUUACUCAGGCAGAUGAAGAUGGACCCUAUGACAAGUUUCAGCGUGAUAUAGAAAUGCUUUGUAAGUUAAUGGCGUCAACCUCGCUCUCGAACAAGCACCGUGAAAGCUUGGUGGAAUGCAAAGCGGAGCUCGAGGCAAAACUCCAGAGUUUUCAGCGCACAUCUACGCUAACUACAACAUCCCCAGAGCCUUCAGCUGAAAGCGCUACCAGGGGAGAGAGUGACUUGAGUGGCUCACAAAAUCGAAACAGUCCUAGUCUACUAAGCCGUCUUAAUGUGACGGCGGCCCCGUUCGUUCCAAGCAGACCCGAUAUGUCACCCACCCCCACUCGAGCGCGAGCUAGAUCCGUGUCAUUCGCGGUAUACCCAGGCCAUAUAUUCGGGGACCACCUGCUACCAGGUCGGCGUGAGCAUCGGGCUGCAGUACACCCCAAGGAGACUCACAUAUUUGGUGAUCACGUACUCCCUGGUAGACGUCAAGUGAGCGAGUCAAGCAGCACUCAAAUUAAGUUCAGUAUCCCGAGAAAAACACCCGUGCUACCAAACUUGAAAAUUCCGGGAUUUGAAGGGCGUGAGGAGCCUGCUCUAGAUUCACUCCACCCUCUUGGCGAUACUCAACAGAUACUUCUACAUACAGGCCCAACAAACAAGGUUAUCCGAAAAUCUGGUGCACCUGAAGAUCAAUUGCAGCAGUCGAUACAUGCGCCGAAGGAGAAUAAAACCCCAAUGAAUCUAUCGGGUGCACAAGCUUUGGGUGGCCUUCAAGCUUCUAUCUAUGCAGUUCAUGAGAAAAGCAAGCCCAUCCGUUGAUAUGAAGGUCUCUCGGGGAAUGAUGAGCAAUCUGAGUUGCUUGAAGUAAGUGUACUUCAGCCCACGGUCGGUUUGCCACUCUGUAAAAGCCUUUGUCUCCUUUCUAACUCGUUGACUUCAUGUGCUCGAUUCUCUCUUUAUUCUAGUUAGUGUUUACGUGAUCUUGAGUCUUUCCUUCAUCCCGUGGAUCCUUUCUCUCCGCUAUCUAAAAGUUUUUUUCUCUUCUUUCUUUACCUACAGUGUUGUUAUUCCCCUGGGAGCAAUUUCAUGUAUAGUACUGCGGGUCUGAAAGUCGUCCUUUGCAUAUUCAUCAUGCGGGCUACUGAUCGUUCGAUGCAUUCAUUGAGGUACAUGCUUAUAUGGGCAUAGUAAUACACGAAAGUCUCCCUGACUGUACAUUCGCUGAUUUAAUCUUCUGAGCAAGCUCCAUAUUUUCAGUUGUCAUUUGAAAAAUGCUAGUUGGAGGAAAAGUAAUAGAUAUUCAAUACUUGAUUACGACCGAUGGAGUGACUCCAAUAGCCCUUGUC